AAAUAAAAAUACUGCCGUUUGAGCAAGGGCAGCUCUUUUGUGCGGAAUAAUAAUUCCCGCCAAGCCAGCAACGCCGGUAAUUUCUGCAGAGUGCAGCACCAUCGUUAUGUUUAGAACGCUUGCAGUCGUCAAACAUAAAUGAAAAAGAAUUUUUGAGGUACGCAAUGGAGAGCACAGCCACCGACCCUCUGGACAUCUCCAAGGACGAGGAAUUAAUCACAGACGCACAAAAAGAGCUGUCAAAAAGCGAUGUUUUGGUUUGUGGGGGCUGUCAUGAGACGUUUCACUUCAUUGAGGAGUUUCAAAGCCACAAAGCCGGAGAGUGCACAAACGUCUCGGUGCUGAAAUGCGAGAACGAGGAGAAGCCCCAGAUCUGGGGCUUCACUCUGUGGAAAAACAAGCACUUGAAAACGAUCAAAAGCCAGGAGGAGCCGGUGCCCUCGUCGUGGGAAAUCUACCAAAAGUGGACUAAACUCGAACAGCCCGAGAAAGACACGUGGAUUUCCGCGGGAAAAACGCUCCUUUCGGUCACCAGAGUCGUCAAUGGCAAGCCACUCAGAGACAACACGGUGGAAAAAGACCCCCUUGCCAUGGAUGACGGGGCGGAAACCGAGGUGAGGAAGAAUCAAAAAACGGGGAUUAGGACGCUACCAGAGAAAGACAAAGAAGAAUACAAUGUUGAAAAAAUUGUUGGGAAAAGGUUUAAUCCCAGGAAAAGGUACUGGGAAUACGAAGUCAAAUGGGAAAAUUAUUCAGAAUUGACAUGGGAGCCUCUGUUGCACCUAGAAAACUGUAAAGAUUUGGUUCAGGAAUUUGAAGCUAAAUUAAAAGCUGAGAAAGAAAAAGAUAAGCCCCCAGGGACUGGAAGGGGUAGAGGACGUCCACGCUUAAAUCCGCAGACUCCGGGAGCUGUAAAAGUCGUACCGAAGAAACCCGUUGCCCCUCCUCCGGUUGAAGACAUCGCCUUAACACCUGGAGGCCGGCCUCAGCGUACGAGCAAACAGAAGGCUCUAAACCAGGUUAAGGCCUGGUGCGGGAAUAUUUCCGACGAUGAAGGCGGCGGGAAACGCCCCUAUGACGAUGACGCCGAUAGUGAUGACUCUUUUGAGAAAAAAAUCCGAAUUGAUGGUGAGUCCGAAGACACGGAAGAAGAUGAGCCCAGGACUCCGGCUCGUAAAGUUGCCAAAAUCAUCCACACUUACAACAACGGCGUCGGGAAGAAGCUCCCCGACAAUGUCCUGAUACCUGACGCCAAAGGAGUCGUCCGGAUCAGCCAGAAACAAUUACCGUCGCUCAGUUCCGGCGUUUACAUCAUGUCAAAAUCAUCCGGAAUCAUUAAACUGGAUCCAACCGCUUCGAAAAUUGCGACAAGUGGUGGGCAAGCCAUUGUCAAAGUGAGCCCGAAAAUCGGACAAACCCAGAUUAGAAUAAUCAAAAAGGAGGACGGCAGUAAGAGAGUAGUGCAAGUAAAGGGACCAGAGCAGCAGCACUCUUCUGUAGUCGCUUCAAAACCCAGAAUCAUCCAACAUGUAGUCACAAAAACAGCAGUGGUGCGGAAAGAACCCGAAAAAAUCGUCAGAAAAGUUGAAACACCGAAACCCAAGCCUGUGGAAAAGAAACAAGAGGCAAAAACUUCCCACCCUGAGGAAGAUUCCGACGACGGUCUCCCAGAACUCGAGUUUCCCACUGACUUGCCCUUGCCCCAGCCCGAAAGCCCCCCUCAAGAGUUCACCUUGGACCCAACAACGGGCAAAGUGGUCGGAGUCGAUUACCCGGAACCCGAACCCAAACCAGAGACCAAGGAGCCAAAUGAGGAAAGUCCCUCGCAAACACUCGACAACAUUGUCAAAUUAGCCGCCGCUGAUAUCACAGAAGACGAUCUCAAACCGGACACUGAACCGAUCAUCACAACUGAAAAUACUCCCGAAACCACAGCUGAAACCCCCGCUACGACCACCAGCACUGUCUACUCUGUUGUAACAGGAGCCAAAACCGGCCAAUCAAUCCUGAUACCGGCACUACCCAACACCAACAUCCUCCAAAAGACGCUCCAAUCCCCCAGACCCAAAACCCAGCCACGGAUCAUCAACCAGUCCGUCACUAAGCCCCGCCCGGCCAUGACCCCAGUGCAAGCCGCCCGGCCGGCAGCCAUACGCCCCAAAACACCGCUCCCCAAACCCAAAUUCAACAUCGCCCCCUUGUCCCCAACGAAAAAUGUCUAUUCGCCGAAAAGCAACAACGUGGCGAAAAAAAUCGGCAACACGACCAUCUACAGGACGAAAUCGCCAGCAGCCCCCCAACCGGUGGUGAAGAAAAGUCCGCCGAAAGUGGUAGCGAGUGCCCCCAUCAGUAUGCCGUCUUUGGACGAGGAACCGGUUGAAGGGCAACAGGAAGCAACAGUGGAGGGUGAAGUCCCGACCAUGACGUUUGCGGCGACUGAUCGCCCGAUGUACAUCACGGGAGAUGAUGGGACGGUUUAUCAAGUGGCGGGGCAAAAUGAAGAGGGGCAAACUAUUCUUGUGACGCAAGAUAGUGAGGGGCAACAGCAGUGUUUGUUGGUGACGGGGGAGACGGUCCAGGAGGCGGCGGAGCAGCAGAGUGAGGAAGCUACGACGCAGAUGUUGAUGGAGCAGGACCCGGAGGAGCCCCUUGUGGUGCAGUUUAUGAGGGCUGAGCCUCCAAGUCCAGGUGGAACGCAUAAAGUGCUAGUGAAGUUGCCCGAUGGCAACGUGAUGGUGACGCAGGUCACCCCAGAAGAAUACGCGAGUCUAGAGUUGUAAUAGAUCUUAGUUCUGUUUUAUAUUUCAAGCCAUGCUAUUGCGGUUGCAAGUUUUCAUUCUUCAUGUUCAGUGAGUUUAGUUUUGAAGCAUUUAUUGUAUUAUUUCUCAAAUUCGUUUCGUUUCGAGUGUAAAAUACUUGAAGUAUGUAUAUAAAGAUUUCGGUUAUGAUUUUUUCACGAAUGUAACAGUGAAAAUAUAGGAUUUUAGUAAAUAA